AUGGCCAGCAAAAUACUCUCAUUCCAGGUUUCAACCAAAUAUUCCUAUAAAGCCUGUUUCUAUCUGUCUAUCUAUCUAGGCCUGUUUCUAUCUGUCUAUCUAUCUAGGCCUGUUUCUAUCUAUCUAGGCCUGCCUGUUUCUGUCUAUCUAGGCCUGUUUCUAUCUGUCUGUCUAUCUAGGCCUGUUUCUAUCUAUCUAGGCCUAUUUCUAUCUGUUUCUAUCUAUCUAGGCCUCCUGUUUCUAUCUGUCUAUCUAUCUAGGCCUGUUUCUGUCUAUCUAUCUAGGCCUGUUUCUGUCUAUCUAUCUAGGCCUGUUUCUAUCUCCUGUUUCUAUCUGUCUGUCUAUCUAGGCCUGUUUCUAUCUGUCUAUCUAUCUAGGCCUGUUUCUGUCUAUCUAGGCCUGUUUCUAUCUGUCUAUCUAUCUAGGCCUGUUUCUAUCUAUCUAGGCCUGUUUCUAUCUGUCUAUCUAUCUAGGCCUGUUUCUAUCUAUCUAGGCCUGUUUUUCUAUCUGUUUCUAUCUGUCUAUCUAUCUAGGCCUGCCUGUUUCUAUCUGUCUAUCUAUCUAGGCCUGUUUCUAUCUGUCUAUCUAUCUAGGCCUGUUUCUGUCUAUCUAGGCCUGUUUCUAUCUGUCUGUCUAUCUAAGCCUGCCUGUUUCUAUCUGUCUAUCUAUCUAAGCCUGUUUCUAUCUGUCUAUCUAUCUAGGCCUGCCUGUUUCUAUCUGUCUGUCUAUCUAGGCCUGUUUCUAUCUGUCUAUCUAUCUAGGCCUGUUUCUAUCUAUCUAUCUAGGCCUGCCUGUUUCUAUCUGUCUGUCUAUCUAAGCCUGUUUCUAUCUGUCUAUCUAUCUAAGCCUGUUUCUAUCUGUCUAUCUAUCUAA